AUCAAGUCGUCAUACCUAAAUCCCGGUCUACAACAAGCACCUGUCACGGAUAUGUCAUCUCAAAGCGAUAGGGACGGUCGGGGAAUGAGGCGGAGACCACGGAGGGGAGGAAGGGGAGGCGGGCCGGAGAGACCGCGCAAGGAGGAGUAUGGAAAUGAAACAUCUGAGAAACCACGUCCCAUCAUACUAGCCAAACCAGCAUCUCAGGAACAGUGCAGCACCUCCACCACAGCUGCAGCGACCCCUAGUGGUGGUGGACCGGCCACACCUUCAGCACUCGGAAGUAAAACUCCAGAGAAGAUGGUGAUGCUAAGAAAUCGUGAUGAUGUACCACCAGCUCCCUCUGGGAGCUUGACCAGUAUACCAGCAUCCUUAACAUCUGGUGAAACCCCUCCUCCUCAGCCAACUCACUCUGUACAGCGUAGCCAACACUUUCCAUCAGACAGUUCCAGCCAGAAUCGCCUAGCUCCGCCCCCAGAGAUGACAAGAUGUACUAAGCUGAUUGACGAUUCUCAGAUGUGGCAAGAAUCAGCAAUGGAGAUGUUGGUGGACCAGACCGACUUCCUUGUUGUUGGGGUGAUCGGGCCUCAGGGCAGUGGGAAGUCUACAGUCAUGUCUCUGCUGGCCGGCAACUCCCCUGACGACAGUCACAGACAGUUCCUGUUCCUGCCCCAGACCCAUGACACCAGUGAGCUGUGUGAGCACCAGACAAGUGGAGUAGACAUGUUUGUGUCAGGCGAACGAGUCAUCUUCCUUGAUACACAGAAUAAUCUGAAGAACAAAAUGGAAUUGGCGGCCAGGCAGCCAACUUGGAUUUCGAAAAUUCAUGAUUGUAACAUGACUGAACCUCCUCAAACUACAUAUGAAGAUUGCCCUUUGUCUGUACAAGCCUGUUUUAUUUUGAGAAUGAUGCACAGUUGUGCAUGUUAAUUGUCCAGUUGGUCUGUAGUUAAGCAUAUUUCCUU